CAGAUGUCAACAAAGGAGGAAGUUUUUCUCUUUGAUGUCCUUUCACUUGGAUCAGAGUGCUUCCAACGGGGACUCCAGGAAAUCAUGGAAUCUGGCAAAAUCCUCAAGGUGAUGCAUGACUGUCGCCAGCCAUCAGAUUUGUUGUACCAUCAGUUCGGGGUGGAACUGGUGAAUGUGUUUGAUACUCAGGUGGCUGCUGUCAUCAUCUACCGGAUGGAGCACAACGGUGACUACCCUCGCUACGUCGAGAGUCAGUAUAGUCUUCUGCUCACUGAACUCAACAUGCCUCUCACUGAGCUCCAGAUAAUUAGAUACAGGGAGACUCACCAGAAGGAAGACCAAGAGGUGUGGUGUCAGCGCCCCGCCCCCCUCCACAUACUGACUGCUGCAGCAAAGCAGGUGAAGCACCUGUUGCCUCUGCGGAUGAAGUUGAUGGAAAAGCUGCUGAAGGAGGUGACAGUGGGGACGGAGAUCUACCUGGGAUAUGUCCGAGAUGCUUCCAAUGAGGACUCCAAGAGAGGACCGACAAUGCGCCAUCUGCUUCCCCAUGCCUUCAAGCAUCUGACGACGUACAUGGACUUCCUACGUCAUAGAUACAUGCGGGCCCAAACGGUACCAUGCAAUCGGUCCACAGAAGGACCAACAUGGGUUUCAAGAGAACUGUGAAGGUGUGAAGGAUCCUUACUUAAUAGCCAGGAACGACUCUGUGUGGAGAGCUGCAGAUCACCGGCGUCGAAGUGAUGGAGACUCCAGUUCGUCUCACCCAGCCUUUCCUCGUGCCAAGGAACGUAAGAGUCUCCCCAGCUCGGUCAACUCACUGUCCUCCGACACACCCUCCAUCCGUGGACA